GAAUUUAUUAGGGAAGCAUUAAAAAUUUACGAUUGGAGAGAAGAUGAUUUAAUUCCUGUACGGGGUUAUUUGCAAAUUUUAGGGGCCAAUAAUAAUAUCAAACCUCUUUGUCAUAAUAGUAUAGUAUAUUCUAAUGAAGAAGCCCUAAAGCAAGCAUUUAUGGAUGCUAUGAUUCUUACUCUCCAUGCUGAUAUCGAGCCAGAAUUUCAAGAAUAUUUUCAAAGUCCUGAUUUAUAUGGAAUGGCGAUUAAUUUAGUAAAGACUAGUAUGAGGAAAAGAAUAGCAAUUGAAUUUGAUAAUAUCCAAAUGAAAAAAAUUCUAUUAGAUGGAGCUAUUGCGGAAGCUUUAGAAUAUAAGAUUAAUAUGAAAAAAAAAUAUCUUGAACCAUUAAGCAAAAGAAAUGAUGCAGAUUUAAAAAGCAUGUUUAUUGUUUUAAGAGUGG